AUGGAUGUCUACUACCGCAAACUCAUGGGGAACGGAACGGUUGCGUCCAAAUUUCGCCUAGAGCUGAAAGCAGUUGAUGAAAAAGCGCCCGCAAAGGCCGCAACACCGCCGGUGAUUGAUCAAACCAUGAGAAUCUAUCCUCCUCCAUCCAACGGGACUGAUCUGGUCAGUCACCAUGAGUCAAAUUGUGUGAGAUGCUAUAAACUCAAGAAGAAAUGCUCCCGGACUUAUCCGAUGUGCGACUAUUGCUCGCGUUCAGGGACCGCUUGUAAGUAUGUGGAGAGAAGAAGAAAGAAACAGAGACUGGAGGAGCCUUCAGGGCUGCCACUGGCCGAAAAACCCAAGUCUGUCUCCAUCUCAUCGCUUGUGCAUCGCGAUGAAACAGAUGAGCCAUUCCGCAACAUAGACGUAGCUAACCUGCUUCCGCAGCACCAGCAAGAACUCCCGACCAUCUCUAGGUAUGGAUCUUCGGAGAGUUUGCGCUCCCUGAUGCGCGGAAAGCAGUACCUGUCACUCCACCGUAAGCUAGUAUCACUGUCGCUUGGUCUGCGACCACGCCACAAGCUCCUGGACGAGUUAUUGGUUGUUAAGGCCAUCCUGGAUCUCUCACUCCCUUCAUCGUUCAUGCACACAUUCAUCGGCAACUAUGAGUGGAAGUAUCCUUUUUUGCCGCUGCUGAAUAUCAUCAAGCGCUUCAAAACGCUUUCGUUCAGCAACGAGACGCUCGUGAAUCUUGAUAUCUAUCUUGCCCUCGCCAUCGGGUGCAGUAUCUACGAUUCCAACCACAAUACCCAACACUUCAAGGCAUAUUUCAGUGACUCUUUAAUAGAGUCUAUCAACGAUAUUGUCAGCUACGACUUCGUGCCGGAAGAGGAUGUUGAAACUACAGACAUUUUGAUUCUUUUGAGUAUCUACGCAAUCAAUGUGAGCAACACGUCUCUCAUAUGGAGUAUACUCGGCUAUCUCAACCGACUUAUUAUCUACAUGGCCGACUUUUCAGAUCCUAAUAGCAAAAAGCUACGCCAGCGCCUGUUUUGGUCAGUGUUUAACUUGGACAAGGAGCUCUCCUUGUUGCUCAAUAAACCAAGUCAGUUCGUUCCAUGGCAGGUGAUCAAAGUCAGCCGAGAUUUCGAAAGUUCUCUUCAGGAAGGAGAACUGGUUCAUUUGGCCUCAUUGAUGACCUCCGCGGUCGAGUUGCAUCGCCUCCAAGACAGGAUGCUUUCGUUCUCGUUGGGGUUGGAAGAAACGAAUAAGGAUGCGCUCACAAAGUACAGCUCUGACCUUGAGUCGUGGCGGGUGAGCAUUCUGCUGUUGAUCCAUACUGAGUACGCAGAUCUGCUGCUUUUGCAAAAUUUCAUUGGCCUAAUUAAUCUCGACUAUUAUUUCUUGCUUAUAGAGCUUGAUCAGCUCCUGUCCACAGAAUCGUUCCAAUUUACGUUGCAGUUCUUGUCGAACUCAUUCAGCUUGCUUUUGUCGGAACAGUCGGAGAAGAAAGGCGUGGUGGGCACUUCCAUGCACUCGCUAUUCUGGUAUUUGAAAUUCUUCAAGGUCGUUGAGUAUAAAUUGUCGUCGCUUCAAAGAGUGCUCAGCUCCGAUGUUUCGAAGACAGAGCUCAAUUCGCGGUUGAAUGAGUUCAAUAGUAACGUGCAGCUCAUUCUCAAUCUUAUCAACUUUCUCAUGAACAACGGGGCGGGCCCCAGGCGUUUUGUGGAGCAGUUGAAGACUUAUUCAUCUUAUUUGACCAGUGUGAACGGUAUGUUGAUGUCAUUUAAUCCGUUAUCUGCGCUGGCGGAGGAUAAGCUGAAGAUUUUGAGUCAUAUUGAGGAUAAUUUCCAUAAGGUUCGGAUUUAA